AUGGUGGAAGAAAUUUCAAGCCCACUUAGUGCUCAAAUUUUAGAAUUCUGUGAAUCUGAAUUAUUCCCAGAAACACUACAAAACUCUGAAGUUGCUUCUAACUCAAAUUGCUGCUAUGAAGAACACUCUUCUUAUCCCACAUGUCUUUCCCUGAAUCCAGACAUACACAAAUUUGCAAACACCAUUGAUAACAAUGGCAACACCAUAACCGCCACCACGCCAACCUCCACCAAUUCCAACACCACCUUCACAACCACCACCACCGCGGCCACUACCAUCACUAACAACAAUAGCAACAACCUCUCCAUAAUUUUCGACUCCCCAGAGGAUAUCGAAAAUGACAUUUCAGCUUCAAUAGACUUCACCCCUUCACCGCGUUUCACUCUACCUCAUUAUCGAAUCACCAGUACACAACAAGACCAAUUUGAUCUUGCUUCAUUGCAUAAUAAUAAUCAAAUCCAACCAACUGAUUUAAUCGAUGGCACGAUCACACAGUACCCUCCUGACCCUUCUGUUGUUUCUCUUAUGGGGAGACCAUUGCCUGCUGUUUAUGAAGAUGAAUGCUUAUCUUCAAUGCCUUCGUUUUCGCGGUUGAAUUCUUCUUCUCCUUCUUGUUCCCUUCUUGACCCUGCAAUGGGAUCAUACCUUCCAGGCAAUCUGAAUACUGCAUUAUCAGUUGAAAAUUCAGGAAUUUUUGGUGGAAAUUUGUUUUUGGGCACUGAACUGUCAGCUCAGGAAUUAGAAUUUCAGGGGGACAAUGGAGGAAUUUUCUCCCAAGAACCUCUGCCUCGGGUCUUUAACUCUGGAGAGUUUCAGGCACUUAGUAAUGAGAGUCAGCAUUUUGUGAAUGGGGGUGGAAGUUCAAAUCCGUUGGCAUCUGAGAUCUCAAGUUUGGAGGAUUCUACAUUCAAGGUUGGCAAACUCUCUGUUGAAGAAAGGAAAGAGAAGAUCCAUAGAUACAUGAAGAAAAGGAAUGAGAGGAAUUUCAGUAAGAAAAUCAAGUAUGCAUGCCGCAAAACACUAGCAGACAGCCGGCCUCGAGUUAGAGGAAGGUUUGCAAAGAACGAUGAAUUCGGAGAGACCACUAGAACAACUUGUAGCACCCACGAAGAAGACACCGAUGAAGAUGUGGUGGUGAAAGAAGGAGAAGACAUGGUUGAUUCAGCAGAUAUCUUUGCUCAUAUCAGUGGUGUGAAUUCCUUCAAAUGCAAUUAUCCCAUCCAAUCCUGGAUUUGA